GGCUUGUUGUCCUCGCUCCUCCGCUGGUUUUUCAGUGAGUGACAGACGGACCUUCUAAGCAGACGUUCACCGGUAACCCCUCCGGGAUGUCGUUCCUGGAGAAGCCGUCCCCCGGCAGGCAGCUGCUGGACGACACCGUCCCCCUGACGGCGGUGAUCGAAACCAGCCAGAACCUGCAAUCCCACACGGAGUACAUCAUCAAAGUCCAGAGGGGCGUGUCUUCAGAGAACAGUUGGCAGGUGAUCCGACGUUACAGCGACUUCGAUGUUCUCAACAGCAGCCUGAUGGUGUGCGGCAUCAGUCUCCCUCUUCCUCCCAAGAAGCUGAUUGGAAACAUGGACAGAGAGUUCAUAGCAGAGAGGCAGAGAGGACUGCAGGCAUAUCUGGACUCCAUUACCCAGCAUCCCCUGCUUUGCAGCUCCUUGUUUGUCAAGAAGUUCCUCGACCCAAACAACUACUCUGCCAACUACACAGAGAUCGCCCUGCAGCAGGUCUCCAUGUACUUCAGGUCGGACCCAAAGUGGGAGGUCCUGGAGCCUCUCAGGGACAUUGGCUGGAGGAUCAGGAAGAAAUAUUUUGUAAUCAAGAACAAAGAGCAGCCAAAGGAGAGGUAUCUGCUGAGCUGGGUGGACCUGGGGCCUGAUAAGUUCUUGUCCGACAAAGAUCUUCAGUCAGCCAUGAAGCUGCUAACCAGCUUCUCUACUCCCUAUCUGUGUCCGCUGUUGUUCUCCAGCACCAGUGAGUCUUCAGCUCUGCUCAUCCGGCCGUUCAGUGAGAGAGGCUCUCUCAGAGAUCACAUAUGCAAGGUGAAGCCCAGGGAGAGUCACCUGAAGAAGUACUGUAACCCUAAGAAGAGUCAGGGCCUCGAGCUGCAGCACAUCAAGCUGUACGGACGUCAGAUCCUGGAGGGCCUGAAGCUCCUCCACGACGGAGGAAUGUUUUUCGGUCACCUUCAAGCGUCCAACGUUAUGCUGGAUGACGGCGUGUGUCGACUCACAGACGUAGAGAACGGCAUGCUGGGAGUUCCCUCAGCGCUGCGGCCAGCCUUCACCCAGCUCAGGAAGAUAAAUAGCACAGAGAGCAUCGAUGUCUUCUGUUUCGGACAUUUACUCUACGAGAUGACGUAUGGCCGACCGCCGGACAGCAUCCCCGUCGAUCAGUUCCCCGCCGUCCCCUUCACCACUGUCGUGUCGGUGCUGCAGUCCAUCCUGUCCACAGAGUCCUGUAAGAGCGGGAUGCCGACCGUGUCAGAGCUCAUGAAGACACCGUUGUUCAGUGAUGUUCAGCUGCAACACUCGGAAAAAUCUCAGGUCAAGAUUCCCAGCAGACUAAAAGAGGCGCUGAAGACGGCAAAGGAGAGUCUGGAGAAGCGGCUGCACGAGGAGCAGAGAGUGCUCCACCAGCACAGGAGGCUGACCAGAGCUCAGUCUCACCACGGCUCAGAGGAGGAGAAGAAGAGGAGGAAGAUUCUGGCGAGGAAGAAGUCCAGACAGUCGGCGUAUGAAAACGAAGAAGACAUGUCCGUCAGGAACAACAAUAACUCCGGUUCCGGAGCCAGCUCCCCUCCUACAUGUCCCUCCUCCCCCACGCCACCAUCCACCACGGGAGGCCAGACUGCUCCUCCCCCUCCUCCUCCUCCUCCUCCCCCUCCUCCUCCCAUGCUGGACUCCUCCUCCUGUCCUCCUCUGCCCUCCACUGACGGAACGGGAGGAGGUCGCAGCGCUCUGCUGAGCUCCAUCCAGGGUUUCAGUAAGGGCAAACUGAAGAAGUCAGAUACCGUCGACCGCAGCAAACCCAUCAUCUGACCCCCGUUCACCGCCUGACGCCCCCCCCCCCCCCCCCCCCCCCCCCCACUUCAAACCAUCACUACGGCAACACGAUUGACCUAUGCACUGGUUCUGCACUGUGGUCUGAACAGGUUCAAGCUGUUGCUUCCUGAGAUGUGAAAGGAAUCACUAACCAAGAGAAAAUCCAAGUAUGGUUUUGGUUUUUAGCACUAGCUCUGCUUUUUCCUGCUGUUAUAUUUACAAAAAUCUGUUGCUGUGGUUAGAGAUGGCGCAGGAUGGAUGAUGAAACUGUUCUUGCCUCAGUCUGCCCUUUCAAACACUUUGAGACAAUCCUCUGCUUCUGAACGUUUGUUUGUCACAAGGAGACGUCCCACCAAACUCCAGCCUGAGAAACAUUCAACCAACCUGCUUCUUUUCUGCGCUUUUUUUGCUUGUAAAAGAUGAGUAUGGACGUUUGGGAGCCACUGUGGACACUUGAUCUCGCUGGAUGAUGAGGUUUAACUUCCUGGAUCUAAAACUCUUUGGGUCGGUGCUGUGACACUGUCACGGCGCUGUACCCGUCCCGAUCCUGGAGCGGCAGAGGAACUGGACCAAACUCCGGGCUUCAUCCUUCAAAAAUCAUCUCAGUCCUUCUGACGUGUAGCCUCCAGACUCUGCUGAGACCGUUUCACUGCAGGACGUCAGUGACCGAGAACGUCUCCAUGACAACCAGAGCUACGCUGCAACAAUCAGCACCUUCAAGUUGUUUCUGUCUAUAAUUCCGUUACUUAAAAUAUAACUUUCUUGAAUCAAGUGCAGAAUUUUAUAAAAAAAAAUAAACAGAAGAGUCUGCACGUUGAAUCAAGAAAAAACAAACAGAACUAUUUUAUCUUUAAAUAAAUGAAUAAAUUUAAGUAUAUUUAUUGGAAAUGAGUAAAGAAUCUAUUUUCGCUUGUUUGAUGAAUUGAAGACUUAAAGUACAGACUAACUGAUCCUGAAAGAAGGAGGUCGGUGACAGCGAGUCAGAAACAUGUACCGUAGUCGAGCUGGGAUCACGCCUGCUGCUGAUUGGUCGUUUGAGAUUCAUUUGAUUUACUGAACUCUAUUUGGGAAAGUAAGGUGUGUCACAUGCAGAAGCUAAAGCUGUCAAGUUCUGUUCUCCUGUAAUCAUCCGGCUUUCUGAUUGGUCACUUCUUGUCAGUCAGGAAACAGAUGUUUGAGACGAGGGAAGAGUGUAUCUCGAUGCUCCCGCCCCUUAAUAUUUACAUCACGUUGGUGGAUGGAUGUGCGUUUAAUCCACGACUACUUUUGCCAUCUUUUAUAAAACAAGUUUACGUCUGUGCUCGAGGAAAUGAAUGGGAUGUCAGCUAUCACACUAUAUCUACUCUCAGUCCCAGUCUGACCUGAGAGUAGGUUACAAAACAGCUGGAAUAAGAGAUGCACAUAUUUUUUUAUCUGCAGUCAAAUAUUGCCAACAUAGAGGAACUCCUGCUUCUUGUUAAUGAGAGAGAAAUGAUUCACCAUGUGUUCAAUGUAGAGGAACAUAGUGGGUAAACCUUGCAGACACAAGUUUAGGACAUGCCACUACGCUGCUCUUUUUUUAGCAUAAUUUCAAACUCGCACUUUUUCAGUUUGACGCGACGUGAGGCAGAGAUUCUGUUCAGACGUCUUUACUGUCACAGAUCAGAUCAUCAUGAAUCUGCAGUGACGACAUGUCCAGUCCAGCUGCAGCGGGAGAUUUGCUGAGAUGUAAGAUGUCGCUUCUUUGCACCUCAAUGAAAGGUUUUGUUUUUUUCCCAGCAUACAACACUCGUACUGAUGCUUUUGCAAGUUUGAGUCACUAACUAAGAAUCACACACCGAUUACAUCACUGUUUGUUAAUUUCAAAAACCUCCACCUGGUUUUAGAGUCUCUUCCUCUCAGGCUGCCGCUCUGAAAAACAACUUCCUAAAACUUGUCGACAGGAAGUCCAUCACAAUCCAGCCCCCUUUCAUAUUGGAUUAAAAAAAAGUAUUUUUAUACAAGAAAAAGCAGGACAAACUUUCAUCCAUCCCCCCUCUCAACAAAAUCUAUUUUUUAACAAGUGGCUCAAACUUGGAUGUAGAAACUGCAAGUUUGACACUUUUCAGAAACACAACCUGCAGUAAUUUGAGACAGGAUGAUCACAUCUUUGUGCUCAUGUUUACUCUUCAUUUCUUCAGUUAAAUCUGCAGAUGUAGAUACACGUACCAGCAGUGAUAGUGGUGACUUUAAGACGACACGUUGCUUCCGUUUGACUGCAAUCAAGUGUUUAUUUUAGACCUUUAUUGGGUUGAUUCCUGCUACCUUUGUGUUUUGCCUGUUUUAUUUUGAUUGUGCCAUUUGGAUCAUUGUGCCUGGAAACAGAUAUCUGAAUGUUUUGGAUUCUUAACUUGUCUAUAUUGUACCUGAACAGAUGUUCACUUUAGCACACAGGACUUCUUUUGUUUGGUCAUUUCACUAAGUUUGACCAAGUCAGAGCAACUUCCCUAAAUAAGAAACUUACAACCAAUUCUUUAUUAUCUGGUUGAAAAAAAAGUUGACUUACUGUGUGCUGAAGUGUUAGCCUGUGCCGAGCUGCUGCUGCUGCUGGAUCAUAACUCUGUUGUGAGUUUUGAGCUCUGGUGAACUUUGCUGCCUGAUGUUUCCGAUCACUUCAGUCCAAGUUUCAGCUCUCAGAAUGUUUUUUAAUGACCGCUUCAUGCUUACAUUGUUUUUAUUAUUCAGUGCAAUCCGGUCCAAUGCGAUGGUCUUCACGUCUUGAAUCAUGGUCAUUGAAUAUUUCUCUGCAGCAUUUUACCCACCAGGGGUGGAAGCCCAGUCCCAAGGUGUGGUUUAUUUUGUGUGUGUAAAAAUAAAUUCCCAGGGUCGACUCUGGGUCACAAGUCAACUCAGAAUGAAAAAAACACUUGGUUAUCUGAAGGCCACUUACAUUUACCACUCUUCAGAUGCAUCAAAUAUUUUACUGCAGGUUAUUUUUUUAUUAGCCAAACAGUUAGUCCAUACUAAAUCUUCAUUAAAUGAAGUAGCAGAAGGAUUCUCCGCAUCAUACAUAUUGAAACAAAAACAUCUAGCUACCCUGCUGGGAUGAAAUGAAAACUGUAUCAACUGAAUGAACGUUUGAAUAAAAAUUGGUUUGAGAAAA